GAUCUUAAGUCCACUGGGAAGCGGGUUAUAUUAUCUUCAAGUCAUACUGGUGGCCCUCGAUACAAAUAUGAAAAUUUCCAAGAUGCAAUGGCUAUAUGCAGGUGGAUCGGUUACCCUGAUUUAUUUAUCACAUUUACCUGUAAUGCUAAUUGGCCUGAGAUACAAUUCAUGACCGAUAUGAUCAAAAGUGAUGGGAGAAAAGAUCCAGAUAGAGCUGAUGUCAUUGCUCGAGUUUUCAAGGCAAAACUUAAUCAACUCAUGUGGGAGAUAACAAAGAAGAAGAUAUUUGGCACAGUACUGGCCUGUAAGUUUAUCUAUCUCCAUUUGAACAAUUUUGUUUUGCAAAUGUGUUGUAUUUAUUUUAAAAAUAUUAUCAUAUUUGCAGAUGUUGAAGCUAUUGAAUUUCAGAAGCGUGGUUUGCCACAUGCUCACAUUUUAUUAUUCUUAGCCCCGGAAGAUAAGUUUGUAACUCCAAGUGAUAUUGAUUCUAUCAUAUCAGCUGAACUUCCAAAUCCCGCUUUAGAUCCUGAAGGAUAUGAAGCUGUAACAUCAUUUAUGAUGCAUGGACCAUGUGGAGUGGCAAAUAGAAAUUCGCCAUGUAUGGUGGAUGGUGUGUGUACGAAGCAUUUUCCAAAGAAAUAUUGUAGUCAAACAGUUAUCGAUGAGCAUGGAUUUGCUAAAUACCGACGUCGUGAUACAGGUGUCACUUUUGAGGUUAAUGGUACCCCUUUAGACAACCGGAAUGUCGUGCCAUAUAAUCGAUAUUUGCUAUUGCGGUUUCAAUGUCAUAUUAAUGUGGAGUUCUGCAACAAAUCAAGGUAUGUAUUAUUCUCGAUGUCUUGAUAGUUGACUUUAAUUUUUAGUACUAUAAAGGACAUAAAAAUACAAUAAUUGGCAUGUGUCAAUCUUCCAAUAAAUUUAAUAAAAAACAUAAAAAAAAUUUGUUCGACUUUAUUAAACAUGGAACAUAGAGUAGUACUAUUUAUAUUCUACUUUUAUGUUUGUUGACUUUAAUUUAGUUAUUUAUGAUUAUAGUGCUUCUACGGACAUAUUUGCCAAUAUAUAUUAGAAGGGUAGUUGGUAUUGAAUUUUAUGUUUUGAGAGAAUUGAUAUAUUCUUUAUUACUUUUGUAUUCUAAGUUUACAGUAAAGAAACAUGAGAUAUUCAUUUAGAGCCUUUUAAAUAUUACCGUGCAUGUUUUUAAUAAUAUUCUUUUAAGGAGUACAUACAAUUUGGAAGUGAAUUCUUAUGCAUUUGCUGUUGACAGGGCUAUCAAAUAUUUGUUCAAAUAUAUUAAUAAACCUGCUGAUCGUGCUGCUGCCACUUUGGUCGAUAGUGACUUGCACAGUACUUCUCAUGAUGUGUCUGCAAGUUCAUCUAAUUCAGUGUGCGUUGAUGAGAUUAAAGCUUUUAUGGACUGCCGAUAUAUUACAUCUGGAGAGGCAUGUUGGAGGAUUUUCAAAUUUGAUGUUUAUAAUCACUAUCCUUCAGUUGUUCGAAUGCCAUUUCAUCUUCCCGGUGAGAAUAUUGUUGUCUCUAAGGAUAAUUCGUCUAUGGAAGACGUUAUCGAAAAUGAGGGUUCUUCUCUAUCAAUGUUGUUGGCAUGGAUGGAAAUCAAUAAGCUCUUUGAAGAGGCAUGCAAUUACACAUAUGCUGAAUUCCCUCAAUACUUUGUCUGGAAUAAACAAGGCAAAAUAUGGCGGCGUCGAAAAUCAAGGAGAUGCAUUGGGAGAUUGUACUAUUCCCACCCAUCAAAAAAGGAAAGAUUCUACUUGCGUAUGCUGCUUCAUGUUGUUAAGGGUUGUACUUCUUUUGAGGACAUUAGAUCUGUUAAUGGCGUUCUUUACAAAUCUUUUCAAGAAGCAUGCUAUGCCCGUGGAUUACUAGCAGAAGACAAUGAGUGGAAUGAUUGUAUUAAUGAGGUAUCCACUUGGGCAUCUGGACAUAAGCUUCGAGAGCUUUUUGUGACUAUUCUUAUUAAUUGUCCAGUAUCAGAUUGCAAAGGUUUUUGGGAUAAAAAUUGGACGUUGCUAAGUGAUGAUAUUCUUUAUCAUCGUCGAAAAGAAUUGAAGAUGCCUAAUCUGCAGCUUAGUGAUGCUGAACUAAAGGAUUUAUGCUUAAUGAAGAUUGAGAAGUUGUUGCAAAGGCAUUGGAAGUCCUUUGCUGACUUUCCUGGAUUGCCAACCCCUUCAAUUGGAUCUAUGGCUAACACUUCAAAUCGAUUGCUUGCAGAGGAGCUUAAUUACAAUUGUGCUGAGCUGCAGUCUCAAUUUGUUGUCAUGUGUUCGCAACUCAAUAUUGAACAAAAGGCAGCAUAUGAUGAGAUAUUGGAUUCAGUAUAUGGUGAUAAGGGAUGUUGUUUCUUUGUUGAUGGGUUUGGUGGGACGGGCAAAACAUUUUUAUGGAAAGUAAUUUGUUUGAAGUUACGAUCAGAGGGUAAGAUUGUGCUAUGUGUUGCCUCAUCAGGUAUUGCUGCAUUAUUAAUGUCAGGUGGAAGAACAGCUCAUUCAAGAUUCAACAUUCCAGUGGAUAUUCACUCCAAGUCAACAUGUCAUAUUGAACAAGGUAGUGAUUUGGCUGAAGUACUUCAGAGGUGUUCUUUGAUUAUUUGGGAUGAAGCUCCCAUGUCCCAUAAACACUGCGUUGAGGCUGUGGAUAGAACUCUAAGGGAUAUUUUACGUGUAAAAUAUCCUAAUUCUGAAAACUUGCCUUUUGGUGGAAUGACUGUUGUUCUUGGCGGAGAUUUUCGUCAAACAUUGCCAGUAAUAGUCAAAGGUACACGCUCUGAUGUUGUUAAUUCUUCUAUCAAGAAAUCAAAACUAUGGCAUUAUUUCAGAGUGUUGAGGUUGAAGAAGAAUAUGCGUUUGGUGAGAGAUGGUUGCUCAAUUGAUGAGGGUCGUGAGAUUGCAGAAUUUAGCAAAUGGAUCCUUACUAUUGGUGAUGGUGAAGGGUCAAAUGUUUUUGGUGAGUCCAUCAUUUCUAUUCCUAAAGAACUAUCUGUUGAACGCAAGGUUGAUCACAUUUCAGAUAUUGUUGCUGAGGUCUACGGUGGGUUAUCAACUCAUUAUUGUGAGUCAAGCUACUUUGAUGGUCGUGCUAUCUUAGCUCCUCAUCAUGACAUGGUUUCUGCAUUAAACCAUUAUGUCCUUGAGCAAUAUCCUGGUGAAGUCAUGACAUACUUUAGUUCUGAUUCUAUUGAUAUGGAUCCUGGGAACCAAAAUAUCAUUGAUUCAGAUUACUCGACUGAAUUUCUAAACUCAUUGAAGAUUGGAAAUUUUCCUGAACAUGAGUUGAAGCUUAAGUUGGGAUGUCCAGUUAUUCUAUUAAGGAACAUUGACCAAAGUCGUGGAUUAUGUAAUGGGACUAGACUAAUUGUGAAGACAUUGGGGACAUGGUUCAUCGAAUUAGAGAUUAUUUCGGGGUCACAGACUGGAGACAGGGUUUUUUUGCCAAGAAUGACUUUAACCCACUCAUAUAAAAGUUUGAAUUUCACAUUGGUCCGCAGACAAUUCCCCAUUGCUUUGUGCUUUGCAAUGACGAUAAAUAAGAGCCAGGGGCAAACAUUACAGAAUGUGGGUUUAUGUCUUCAAAAGCAAGUCUUCUCACAUGGUCAAUUAUAUGUUGCAUUGUCCCGUGUUACAACAAAACGCGGAAUCAAGAUUUUGAGCUGCGAUGGUGAUGGAGCUGAAGUGAAGAGUAUGCAGAACAUUGUUUAUCGAGAGAUUUUUGAUUGAUUUUUGAACUAUUAUUAGUUUGUAUUUUUACUUUAUGCUUUUGGUGAGAUGACACACUUUUGCUUUGUUAUUAUAUGGAUGUUGAGAAAACACUAUAAGGAAAACAAAAAACUACGUUUUGUAGUAUCUUCCUCGUCAUAUAGACAAGAAGCUAAUGAUGAUAGCCAGUAGUGGGAAUAGAAGGCCAUUUGUGAGAUUAAAUUAGUACUUCUUUGUUUCUGUGUGCCAGUAGGUUCUCUUCAACUCUUAUUUUUAAUUAUGUUGUUUUGUUUUAGCUUGAUUAUUAGUUGGUUUGUCGUAACCAAGUUUCUGAAACCGGUUUAUUCCAGUGUGCCGAUUUAGCAAGUGGAAUGGUUCAACCGGUGGCAAUUAUCGGUUUGUGUCGGUUUAUGCUGGUCAAUAUUAUAAUUAAAAUUAUAAAUAAUCAUAUUUAGACAUGACAUUUAACGUCAAUACCUAAACAUCUAUACUUGAAUUCAUCAAAUAAUAUCAAUAUUUAACUUUUAUACUCAUAAAAUAAAUAAUAUAAUAAAAU